CACGUCUGUGGGGUUCCUAUAUCUUUGUAAUUAUAGUUAUAGUUGUAGAUAUACUGUUUAACGGUAGCACUUCCAAAUUGGUAUAGAUUCAAAUUGCUCGGAAAAAUGAAGUCGUUCCUCCACAAACGGUAAUACACCAAAGAACUCCGCAUUUUUAUUAUUCAUCAAAAUUCAAUUUGAUUCCCAUAACCUCCCGCCUGUGAAUGUAAUUCUUCUUCUUUGGUUCAUUGAGUCCAUGCCUAAUUCAAUAACCUCACAAGGUAGUACCCAAGUCGGGGUACAGACCCAAACAAAGGCAGAAUCAUUCAAUGUGACAGUGGUGAGUAGUAGGCCACCAUUGGCUACUAUUCAAUCGAGUGCAGAGAUUAGACAUAUGGUCAAUGAAGAAGUGGGGAUAAUCGAAGUACUUCCAGAUCAACAAUCUCCAUUGGGGAAGAUGUCCAUCUAUAAUCCUCCUAAAAACUUUGCCAGAUUAGUGGUUUGUGUAUUAUGGUGCUUUAAUGUUGGAUUCAGUGAUGCUGCUCCUGGGGCAUUAUUACCCCAUAUUGAGAAAUAUUAUGGUACGAAUUACGCUGUUACUUCAUGUAUUUGGAUUAGUAAUGCAAUGGGAUUUAUUGUGGUGGCAGCAUUAUCUCAUAAGAUUCAGCCUUGGUUAGGUAAACGAAUGUCAAUGACAUUUGGUUGUUUUUUAAGUAGCAUUAUGUAUGCAAUAGUUUCCAGUGGAACUGUGUUUCCAGUAGUUGUAAUUGGAUUCUUCUUUGGUGGAGCCGGAGUGGCAAUUGUAUUAUCUCAAAGUAAUGUAUUCAUUGCAAGACUUGAAAAAGCAUCUAAAUAUUUAUCAUUCUUUCAUGGAUUUUAUGGUAUAGGAGCUACAAUUUCUCCAUUACUUGGAACAUUAAUGGUAAGUCAUGGAGUUCCAUGGCAUUACUUUUAUUUAAUCUUAUUAGGAUUAAUGAUUACAAGUUGUGCUUCGUUCUUCUGGACAUUUGAAGGUGCUGAUGAAGAUUUAAAACCAUGGGAUAUUGAUGAAAGCAAUAACAAUAAUAAUGAUGGUAAUAUGGCAGCUAUAGAAUUAGAACAAAUUGGAAGUUCAGAAACCACAGAUGAUCCCGUUCGUAAAUCUAAUGAUAUGAGUCUAAUGGCUGAUGCAUUAAGAAAUAGAGUUACAUGGUUAAUUGCAUUUUUCUGCUUAUUUUAUCAAGGUUCAGAAGUCUCUAUAGCGGGUUGGAUUGUUUCAUUUUUAUUAGAUUAUCGUCAUGGUAAUCCAAAUACAGUGGGUUAUGCAGCUUCCGGGUUUUGGGGUGGAUUGACUAUUGGUAGAUUACUUUUAGCUCGUCCAUUACAUGUACAUGUUGGAGGUAGAAGAAGUGUUAUUAUUGUAUCCCUAAUUGCCAUUAUAUUAAUGGCAUUAGUAUGGGCCAUUGACAAUAUAUUUGCUGAAGCUGUUCUCGUUGCUAUCGCAGGUAUAUUCAUAGGUCCAAACUAUACGUUAUUAAUUGCUUACACUGCUCUGGAACGGUUAUUACCCCGUAAGAUCCAAGUCAUAUCAUUAACUAUCAUGACAGCCUUUGGAUCAUCAGGAGGAGCAUUAUUCCCAUUCUUAGUAGGGUUAUUAUCAGAAAAGGUUGGUACAUUUGUAGUGUUACCUGUUUUCAUUGCCCUUUACACAUCGAUGGUAAUCUUAUGGAUUUGUUUACCUAAUAUUGAAAAUAGAUCAGGAAAUAAUAAGCAAACACUCUGGGAUAAGUUCUGGUAGAAUAGAACGAUUUAGCAUAACAAAUUUCUAUAAAACUAAGGAAAUUUAUAGAUAAAUGUACAUAGUAUAACAAAGAUCUUGUGCAGUAAUAUACUUGUAGGUGCUACCACGCACGCGUAAAAAAAUUCUAGAAAGA